CCCGCCUGUGCGUUGCAGCGUCCAGGCCCGGCCACGCGCGCCACGCCCAGCGCCCUGCAGCGCCCACCGGGCAGGCCCGUCCCGCCCCCUGGUCCCCCCUGGCCCGAGCGUGCGCUCGCCCGGCUCGGCGGCGCUGCCUGCUCCCCGGGUCCGCCCCCGAAGACGUGGAGCGGCGCGGCGGCCGAUAACUGCAACAGCUGGUGCUGGGCCACGCCAAAGCCAAGACCUCCAUCCAGGUGUCCCCACUGGGGCCAUCAUCUACUGCCUCCCAGCAAGUUUGUCCACGAUGAAAGUGACCUUAUCAGCCCUGGAUACCUCGGAGAGUUCUUUUACACCUUUGGUAGUCAUAGAACUUGCUCAGGAUGUCAAAGAAGAAACCAAAGAAUGGCUGAAGAACAGAAUCAUUUCUAAAAAGAAGGAUGGAGGUGCUCAGCUGUUGUUUAGGCCCUUGUUAAAUAAGUAUGAGAAAGAAACGCUGGAAAACCAGAACUUGUAUCUUGUGGGUGCCUCCAGGAUUAGGCUGUUGCUGGGGGCAGAAGCCGUGGGGCUGGUGAAAGAGUGCAAUGAUGACGCCAUGCGAGCCUUCACGUACGGAACGCGGCAGAACUUCAAAGGUUUCCAUGAAAACAAUGAUGAUUUCCUCACAAUGGCAGAAUGUCAGUUCAUUAUCAAGCACGAACUUGAAAAUCUGAGAGCUAAAGAUGAAAACAUGAUCCCUGGUUAUCCCCAGGCAAAGUUGUACCCAGGAAAAUCACUAUUGAGAAGACUGCUCACGUCUGGCAUCGUGGUGCAAGUGUUCCCGCUGCACGACAGCGAAGCCCUGAAGAAGCUCGAGGAUGCCUGGUACACCCGCUUGGCUCUGAAGUAUCAGCCCAUAGACAGCAUCCGUGGCUACUUUGGAGAAACAAUCGCACUUUACUUUGGGUUUUUGGAAUAUUUCACUUUCGCCUUGAUCCCCAUGGCGGUCAUCGGGUUGCCUUACUACCUGUUUGUGUGGGAAGACUAUGACAAAUACGUCAUCUUCGCCUCCUUCAACCUGAUCUGGUCCACGGUGAUCCUGGAGGUGUGGAAGCGUGGCUGCGCCAGCAUGACCUACAGGUGGGGCACUCUGGUCAUGAAGAGGCAGUUUGAGGAGCCCCGGCCGGGAUUUCACGGGGUCCUGGGUGUCAACUCUGUCACGGGCAGGGAGGAGCCCCUCUACUCCAGCUACAAGAGACAGUUGCGCAUUUACCUGGUCUCCCUGCCGUUCGUCUGCAUCUGUCUCUAUUUCUCCCUGUACGUCAUGAUGAUUUACUUCGACAUGGAGACCUGGGCCUUGGCUCUGCAUGACAGCAGCGAGUCGGAAUGGACCAGCAUCUUGCUGUACGUGCCCAGCAUCAUCUAUGCCAUCGUGAUCGAGAUCAUGAACCGCCUCUACCGCUACGCCGCUGAGUUCUUGACUUCCUGGGAGAAUCACAGAUUGGAGUCUGCCUACCAGAAUCAUCUGGUUCUGAAAGUCUUGGUGUUCAACUUUCUCAAUUGCUUCGCUUCGCUCUUCUACAUUGCCUUUGUCCUGAAGGAUAUGAAGCUUUUGCGUCAGAGUUUGGCCACUCUCCUGAUCACCUCUCAGAUCCUUAACCAGAUUGUGGAAUCGCUUCUCCCUUAUUGGCUGCAAAGGAAGCACGGCGUGCGGGUGAGGAGGAAGGUGCAGGCUCUCAAGGCAGACGUCGAUACCACCCUCUAUGAACAAGUCAUCCUGGAAAAAGAAAUGGGAACUUACUUGGGCACCUUCGACGAUUACUUGGAGCUGUUUCUGCAGUUUGGCUACGUGAGCCUUUUCUCCUGCGUCUACCCACUAGCAGCUGCCUUUGCUGUGUUAAAUAACUUCACGGAAGUCAAUUCAGAUGCCUUAAAGAUGUGCAGGGUCUUCAAACGUCCAUUCGCAGAACCUUCGGCCAAUAUCGGCGUAUGGCAGUUGGCUUUUGAGACCAUGAGUGUUAUCUCUGUGGUCACUAACUGUGCUCUGAUUGGAAUGUCGCCACAAGUGAACGCCCUCUUCCCAGAGUCAAAGACGGACCUCAUCUUGAUUGUGGUGGCAGUGGAGCAUGCCCUCCUGGCUUUGAAGUUCAUACUCGCGUUUGCCAUACCUGAUAAGCCCCGGCAUAUCCAGAUGAAACUGGCCAGGCUGGAAUUCGAGUCGCUGGAGGCGCUCAAGCAGCAGAAGAAGCUGCCAGCCAUGCUGGGCGGCAGGAAACGCGUGGAAGUGAGACAGAGGCAGCAGGGUGCCCAGGAUGGAGCGGUUCAGCAAGAUCUGGGCAGGCUACACUAUGAAGGUGUGGCAGGGACCUCCCUGGGCGUGGAAGAACCCAGGAGCGGUCGGGGUGCUGUGGUACUGCUACCCGGAAAAGUCAGCAGAGCCGAGAAUGAUGCGACUUGGCCCCUCUGAGUGAGAGCAAAUGAAGCUCGUGGCCGAGAACCUGAAGGAGGAACCCCGGGAAUCUGGGAAGGAGAAGCCGAGCUGAGCGCAGGCCGCCCCGUCCGCCCCAGGCCUCUGCCUGGGGUCAGCCGGUGCCUGUGAGGGCAGGGGUGGUCCCCAGGACAGCGUGGAGGCCAGGUGUGGCCGCCACAUGGCUGGCGCCCUCCGCACUCUGCCCCGUCCUGGCUCAGGGCGGGUAGAAGAGGGCAGUCAUUCCCCCCUCCCCCACACCCCCACCCUGCACACCCCUCUCCUGCCGCGUCACUUUGUCCAAAGCCACUGCUGGGUCAGGGUCACCAGCUCUCCACGUUGUCCUCACAGAAGGCGAUGGCUGCUCCCGACCCCACCACAGCCCAGGGAUUGUGGCAAGGUGGUGCCUGUGUGCCAUGCCCAUCACAGGAGCCAUGGGGGCGGAGGACCUGCCGACCCUGCGCCGAGUGACCGAGGUGUCCCCUGCAGCUCGGCCUCGGCGCGUCUGUCCUGCGAUGUAACAGACUCCUCACCAGCACAAACGCUGGUGGCUGAGCCAUUAAAGCCUGUGCCUCUCUGA